AUGUUGAAAAAGAAGGAAAAGGAUUUGAUUCUUUCGGUAAUCGAUCUUGCACACGUUUGGCCCACACAACCUUGGCAAAAAUGCCACUUCAGAGGAUACUAUAGUGGAAAGGAAUACAAAGAGCGAGACGAUUUCACGUCUGCCAUUUAUCUUGUAUCGGAAUAUGCGAAUGCCAGAAUUUUUGAUUUUACCGUGAACCCUUUACUUGAAGCAAAGCCCGAUUCCAUGAUUCUCACACUGACUGCUUUCCAGCCGAUUGAAGUGGAUUGGUAA